CAAAACGUUUGCUCACGUUUCAGUCUGAUUGAACUCAGCCCUGGUUUCCUGACGACAGUAACUAAAACAAUCCAGCACAGGUCGUUCGCACUUAGCUUAGCAGUUGGCUUCUUUCGAAUACAUGGCAGACGAUGGCCGGAGAGGAGAGGACGAUGAACGGGGUCCAGGAGUACAGCAUCAGAUGUUCGUGGUUAUGGAGGACUUAUUGGAUAAGCUAAAGCUGUUGGAUUAUGAGGAGCAAGUUCUUGUAAAGCACAACAUGAAACCGUUGUCUAGGCAUUAUUUUGUAGCAAGUCCAUACACAGCAAAUAACCCUGGGGAGCAGUUCUAUAUGUUCAGCGUGAUCGCAGCAUGGCUCAUAACACUGUGUGGCCGGCCGUUUGAGACCCCACAGGAGCAUGAUGACCCCAACGCAACUGUCUCCAACAUCCUUUCCCAGCUCCGAGCCUUGGGUGGGCUGGUCGAUUUCCCACCCUCUAAACUGAAGUCUGGUUCUGGAGAGCAUGUGUGUUAUGUUCUGGACCGCCUGGCAGAGGAAGCACUGAAAAGUAGAGACUUCAUCUGGAAGAAGCCUCUUUACCCCUCUGAAGAGUUGGAGGAGGAGUCUGUGAUGGAAGAUGAUGCUGAGCUCACGCUUAGUAAAGUGGAGGAGAUGACUGAGGAGCCUGAUGAGGAAGAGGAUGUUAUUGAUCUGGAAGAGCUAAAGACCAGAAGCAAUCAGAGUGAGGAGGCAGGUGGGGCGAGGCCGGAGAUGAUCCUGGAGUCAGUGACAGAUUCAGCCGAAUGGAAUCUGGAGGUGGAAAGAGUUCUGCCCCAGCUCAAAGUCACCGUCCGAUCGGAUGUCAAGGAUUGGAGAAUCCAUGUAAGCCAAAUGCAUCAGCACCAGGACGGCAUCAAAACAUCUCUGAAGGAGGCCAAGGGAUAUCUAGAUAAGUUGCUGGAAGAGAUCAGUAAGACUCAGGAGAAGGUGGGCAGUAGGGAAAAGUACAUUAACUCUCAGCUGGAACAUCUUAUCACCGAUUACCGAAAUGCUCAGUCUAAACUCAGCGAGGCCAAAGAACUCUAUCAGCAGGGCAGCGGAGGAGUGACAGAGAGAACCAGAACAUUAGCAGAGAUCAGUGAAGAGCUAGAGAAAGUCAAACAGGAAAUGGAAGAAAAGGGCAGCAGCAUGUCAGAUGGAGCCCCGGUGGUGAAGAUCCGUCAGAGCCUCACUAAACUGAAGCAGGAGAUCCAGCAAAUGGAUGUGCGUAUGGGGGUGGUGGAACACACGCUGCUGCAGGCCAAAUUAAAGGAAAAGAACAACAUGACCAGAGACAUGCAUGCCACACACAUAAUGGAGACUAGCACACACACCUACUUAUAACACCAAAUACACACACAAUAUUUGUAUAUUUAUAUAAUGUUUAAAUAUGUCUGUGUAUGUUGCUCAAAUAUCUUAUUUGUUAAUCUUUAUAAUAAACUUAAUCUUUCUUUUAUAUAA